UCUCGGUAUCCAGUAUCGUGAUCAUCGCUACUGACAAAAGUUAUACAUUUCAUAAAUAGAGUGAAUAUUAAUUUUCGAAAUUAUUGUUAUUUAUUUUUAUUUAAAUUUUGGUUUAAAACUUCAUUUUAUAAUAUUUACUUAUAGUAAUUAUUAUUUUUAAAUUUGCAAUGAAAAGUCACUCGCGGUUAAUUGUGUUUAUUUUACUAGUUUGUAUAUCAUCAUUAAUCACAGCUGAAGCAAUCCGAGGUAUUUCGCGAACGUAUCUUCAACAUUCGGCAUUAGCAAGACAAUUAAAUGGUGGUGAUAAAAUGAGUGAUGUGAUAACAAAGUACAAUGAACGAAGAGCAGCAGGUAUUUUGGCACAGCCAAGAGUGGGUAGAACAAUGGGAGCCGCAAGUCUUAUUCGUUCUGAUGGUCCUACAGGUUUGGUUCAUUAUCCUCGGGUUGGGCGAUCGGGUCACUCUUCUUCUUUCAACAACAUCAAUGACAACAACUCCUUGAAGUUUAGUCCUGAUUCAGGAGAACCGAGUCGUGGUAAUUUCAAUUCCGAACUUUCUAUGGAUCUCGAUUAUCAAGAACGCCUCGACAGUGAUGAAAAAACAUGGAAACCGAUGGACAUUUCAACAAGAGGAAUUUUUUGGGCUGCUACCAAACCUAGACGAGAAUCAAGAAGAGAACAACAGCAUUUAAGAUUAUUCCGCAGUGAAGGUGACAAUGAUGAAAACUGGAUUGCUUUGCCAGUCCAAUUCCAAGAUUUUUCAAAUAUAGAACAACAGCAACAAGAAUCCUCUCAAGAUGUAUCAAAGAUCACCAGGGAAAUGAAUCAUGCUUGAUCGGAUAUUCUUAAACUUAAAAAAAUACGUAUUUUGAUUUCCCAACGGUAAAAAAUAAUUUAUAAAAAAUAAAAAAAAAAUAAAUUUAAAGCUUCUUCAAUUGAUUACUUGUUCCGCACAAAAGAAACUCGAAAGCUGGAAAUAAUUGGAAACAACUUUCAAUAAAUUGAGUUACAGAUUAUAAAAUAAAGUAAUAUUUAGAUCUAUUGUAAUAAAAUUUUUAUAAUA